GUCGAUAAGGACGAGCGAGAGGCAGGUUCCCGCUGAAGCGCUCGGCGGCUCGGGGGGCGGCUGGCCAUCUUCUCCAGCCGCUCGGGUCGGUGUUUGCCUUCCCGGAGAGGUAGGCUGGCGACCAGAGACCCUUCAUGCAGGAUGAUGUGUUCUGUGCUCUUUUGUGAAUGUCUGUGGCUGAUAACUGCUUAUGCUCAUGAUGAUGACUGGAUUGACCCCACAGACAUGCUUAACUAUGAUGCUGCUUCAGGAACAAUGAGAAAAUCUCAGGUGAAGUAUGGUAUAUCAGAGAAAGAAGAGGUCAGUCCUGACUUAUCACAUGCUGAUGAAUUGUCAGAAUGUUACAGCAGACUUGAUUCUUUAACUCAUAAGAUUGAUGAGUGUGAAAAGCAGAAGAGAAAAGACUAUGAAAGUCAAAGCAAUCCUGUUUUUAGGAGAUACUUAAAUAAGAUUUUAAUUGAAACCAGAAAGCUUGGCCUUCCUGAUGAAAACAAAGUUGAUAUGCAUUAUGAUGCCGAGAUUAUCCUUAAAAGACAAACCUUGUUAGAAAUACAAAAGUUUCUCAGUGGAGAGGAUUGGAAGCCAGGAGCCUUGGAUGAUGCACUAAGUGAUAUUUUAAUUAAUUUUAAGUUUCAUAAUUUUGAAACCUGGAAGUGGCAAUUUGAAGAUUCCUUUGGAGUGGAUCCAUAUAAUGUAUUGAUGAUGCUUCUGUGUCUGCUCUGCAUCGUGAUGUUAGUAGCUACUGAGCUGUGGACGUAUGUUCGUUGGUACACCCAGUUGAGACGUGUUUUAUUCAUCAGUUUUCUCAUCAGCUUGGGAUGGAAUUGGAUGUAUUUAUAUAAGCUAGCCUUUGCCCAGCAUCAGGCUGAAGUUGCCAAGAUGGAGCCAUUAAACAAUGUGUGUGCUGAGAACAUGGAUUGGACUGGAAGUCUCUUGGAAUGGCUUAGAAGUUCAUGGACCUAUAAGGAUGACUCAUGCCAAAAAUACUAUGAGCUCUUAUUAGUCAACCCUAUUUGGUUGGUCCCACCAACAAAGGCACUAGCAGUUACAUUCACCAACUUUGUCACGGAGCCAUUGAAGCAUGUUGGAAAAGGAGUUGGUGAAUUUAUUAAAGCACUCAUGAAGGAGAUCCCAGUGUUACUACACAUUCCAGUGCUGAUAAUUAUGGCAUUAGCUGUCCUGAGUUUCUGCUAUGGUGCUGGAAAAUCAGUUAAUAUGCUGAGACAUGUGGGUGGUCCUGAAAGAGAACCACCCCAGGCACUUCAGCCAGGUGAAAGAAGAUGGCAGCAGGAAAUUGAUUAUAGACCCCAUGGUGGAGCAGGUGAUGCAGAUUUCUAUUAUAGGGGCCAAAUUGGCCCCAUUGAGCACGGCCCUAAUGACAAAACAUGUGAGAGUAGAAGAGAGGUUUUGAGAGAGAGAGAUGUUGACUUGAGAUUUCAGACUGGCAACAAGAGCCUUGAAGUGCUUCCGGCAUUUGAUUUACCAGACGCAGAGGCGAGAGAGCAUCCCAAGGUGGUACCCAGCCAUAAAUCACCUAUUUUGGAUACAAAGCCCAAAGAAAUUGGUGGAAUCUCAGGAGAAAGCACACUGACUGAAAGCAGCCAGUCUGCUAAGCCUGUCUCUGGCCAAAAGAUACCAGAGAGUGUGGAAGGUUCCCCUGCAGUGGAAAAGGCCCAGCUCAGGACUGACGCCACGGGCGGCCCGGAGGAAGGCAGCACGUCCAGCCCAGCAAGCACUGCAGUGAGGGUGUGUGGAAGGGAUCCAGACUGCAGCCCAUGUGGCUAGAGGAACACAGACAUGGACCACAGCUCUGAGAUAACCAUUUGGGGAUGAAAUCUACUUUGACAGCAAGGCAGCAAGGUACUGCUGUUGAAAGGUGACAGCAAUUCAGGGAAGACUUAUUAAAGCAAAUUGAACAUAUCAAGGCCAGUUUAUAACUAGAAGAAACAGGCUUGUUUAUUGUCUAGCCAAUAUUUUAUCAUUAAAACCAAGGAUUAUAGUAACGAGCUUUUAGGAAAAUCAGAGUGGGGCAGAUAGCUUUUCAAAAGCAGUUUUUAAGUGGAAUGGAUAACGCUGAAUGUUUACAGGGUCUGAGAACUACCAUAUACACAAAAUAAACACUUAUUUUUACAUUA